GUAAACAUGAGGUAUAAUAAGCAGGAGUUAGUUGCUCUGGCGUACCAAAGCUCUCAGAACAUCGAUCGGGAGGGAACACUUGUGCUAAAGGAGCGUCAAGACGGCUUUUUUCGAAGAUCUGAAGGAAGUUCAGUCCGGUGGUUUCGCCUCCGUGGCAACCUGCUGUUCUACUUCAAAGGUCCUAAGCCUUGGUACGAGCCCCUUGGAUUGAUCGUACUGGGUUACCAUCAGGUCCAACUACAGAGUCAAGAUGAGAAAGGACACUGGCCGUUUAACAUUGUGUGGGAGAAUGGCGUGUGUUACCGACUGGCCACAUUUCACGAAUCGGAGAGAGAGUUAUGGCUAAAGGCAAUAGACAUGGCGCCUUACGAUCACAUUAGCACAAAGCUCACUAACCUGAGAGAAACGUUGAAUAGAAUCAGACCUGUCACGGACAUCGCCACUUAUAGACUACAAAAAGGCAUGGAGGCGCAGAGGUUGCGCGUCGCUUUACUCACAAAGGAGAACAUUACCGUCGGCUUCAUUACCAUAAACGGAUGGAGUCUUGAACCUUCCUAUAUAGGAACUAGUCCCAGUCACACGAACGAUAAAAACUGCAUAGACAUCCCUCAAAAAGUUCUAUGUCACAGGCGGUCACAGUCGCUGCCUCCCAGGCUUGGUUUGAAACUUAAAUUUCCAUCGUACGGAAAUCUUUUGAAGCAAAAUUUUACUAAUAGCCACCAAGUGACAUACAGAUUUCAUUCUGGAUUGGGUGGUGACAUCACUGUUCAUGAAAUCAUGGCUGAGCCGAAGAUGUGUUUUUCACUGCCCAUACAAUUGCUAGAUAUCUACAUUGAAAGGGAGAAAGAAUUACUAGAAGAGCUAUUGUCAGUGGGCGAGAUGUGUGGGCAAUGGCAUAAUAGACAGCUGGAGUUAGUGAGCACGCACGUUUCGCUGCUCAAGCACUACUGCCAUUCAAAACGCUGUAUGCAACAUGUAGACACGCCCUAUUUUAAGGCCAGUAGCAAAAAGGAUGAAGCUAGCCUGGAGUUCGCACCCAUUAACCUACACUUGCAGAGGAUGUGGGUAUACAACGACACGCUCAACAAGACCGGUUUCCACGACAUCGUCACUGCCGGCGCCUUCGCCGCGCAUACGCAUAAAGCCGAAAGGACCGGAGGACUUAUAAGACUAGUCCAACAAGUGAAAGACAUAAACAGCAGUAAAGCGAACCUCCAUUCGGUGGCGAGUAAGAUCCAGGCGGAAUACGACACCGUGACGGCGGCGAAGCGGUUGCGCGACGAAUUCGUCCACGACAUGGAGCGAGCGGUCGUCUUAAUACAGGCUCGACAACGUGAUCAAGUCAACGUUGUGCUGGAUGGAAUAAAGAGUAAAGUUAAAAGCAUGCUAAAGCUCUGGGACCCGCAUACUAUCGAGGAAUCCCUCUCGUUUAUAGGCUGGCCGAAUAAAACAAACAACCAAUCAGAAAACCACACUAUGUCAACUAUUUUGAAAAUGACCGAACAGCUUAACAUGUUCGACAAUGCAGAUUGUGACUUUGAAGUUUCAUCGAGCUCGAGUUCAAAAGAUACGUCGCCAACAGUGGAUUUUCCAACACUAUCGUCAAGUGUGCCAAACAUUUGCCCAAAUAAUUGUAAAAGCCAUCAGAAGAUCGAUGAGGGGACAGAGCUGAAGUUUCAUAACGAUUAUUUCAAGUGUGAUAGAGAGGAAAGGGGCAGUUUGAACCAUUCGUUCAGGUCUGUGCGAUCAGCGAAGUUCAACGAACAGAGUUUCUCCUUUGAAUCGCAUAAAAUGCGGAGCGGGAGUUUGAGACACGACUUCAAGAGCUCCGCGUCGUUGGAGCAAGUGUCUUACCGGUGUUUGAUGGAAGGAUUGGGAAAUGACAAGAAAAAGGCCACUGAAGCACUGCGAGAGUCACUGACGCUGCCGGGGAUCGGGCAGGUGGAUUCCGCGACUCGAGAACACAAUCUACAGUACCUAAGGGCCGUCGGCGGCAGCAUUGACAACGCUAUGGCUGUCAUGGUCGAUGCGGCCACGAGGGCCAUAGACGACACAGAAUCAGACGCGAAUGACAACUUAGAGGAGUUGAAAGGACGCAUCGAGGAGGUGAAGAUGGCUACUGAGGGUGCCGUGCGCUGGCUGCGACUGGCGCAUGCAGCACUGCGCGUGCGCUGCGAACCGCCGCAGUGGACACGUGAUCAUGCCGCGCUUCAGACGCGUCGGGACACUUGCUUCUCUCAAGCGCUAACGACGGUAACAGCGGGUCUUCUAUGCUGGCUGAGCUCUGCGUCGGGAGAAGUAAUUGUGAAGCUGCUCUCGUCGGGUCUGUCCCCACUGUGCGCAUUCGAGGGUCUGCUAAGUUUGUACGCAACCGAAAAGGCGAUGUGGGGUGACAUGGUGGUUGCUGUUGAAGACCUGCAGACUGUUGUCUUCACCCUUACUAAAGUCGGGCACAGUAAUAUGGCCAUGCCGCAGGUGACGGGGACGCGGGGCGCGCUCACAGUGCAGAUACCUAUCUCGGACUCACUUUACAACAAGUUCACUUCCAAAGAGCACUUGUCCUUCACGAUAACUGCUGUGCUCUUCAACGUGGGCGUGAACGAGAAAGCAACCCUAGCGGAGGCACUUGGCGAGACCACGCCGCAAUACCAUUCCAAUAGCGAUAAUCUCGAUAGGCUCAACAAGUAUUACCAGAAGUACACCAAGAUAUUCCACGACCUCACUGCGGCGAGGGCGUCGUCGAGAACGAAGCCUUUGGAUGAGGUGAUGGAAAAUCUUCGUAUUGUGGUGCACAAAAAAGUACCUAAGAACAUCGAAGUGUUGCACUUGGCCGCUCUCGCUACCAGACUCAUGAAUGGCAUCCGCUUCACGUCGUGCAAGAGUGCAAAGGACCGCACGGGCAUGUCGGUUACCUUGGAGCAGUGCACGAUCCUCGCCGCCGAGUACCAUCUAGCAGAGCACGAGAUGAGGAAGGCGCUCGCCAUCAUGCGCAGUGAGGGAUGUCGCAGAGAAAACACACACAAGAACAUCGGCAUCCGCAAAUACGCGUUCACGAAGAAACAAGUGAUGGCGUUGCCCGAAGACUACAGACCACCUCCAGGCACAUACGGCUCGACGCAGACUUGAAUACGCAUCAUGUGUAUGGAGUUUAAACCAUAUCCCAAUCACAUGGAAACAGUUUUAUAGAUUCCGCUCUAGAAAGCCAGGGACUUAAGAGUAGUGCUAUCAUGAGUUCAGUUAGUUACUCUAGCAUUCAUAAUACUUACAGGGAGUUAUCUAGUUUGAACCUAGAUAGGUAAUUAUUAAUUUUCGUUUAUAUUUUCCCUAUGACAAGUCGAUUUGUGUGAGUUAACAUGUGGAGUCU